CGGCCGUCACAGCUUGGGUCAUAAACACGCAGUGGGCGCCGCCCCGGAGACGCAACGGUGAUCGGUCGGCGUCCAGUCAGGAACUGAAGUGCACCGUCCGUCCUCACCGGAGCCCGAACUGCGCAGUCAGCCGCCAGUGGUGUCCAGUGGUGCUGAGUGGGCCAGACAGCUCCCUCAUCCCCCUCACGGAUCUCCCUGAACGUGGCCUGUCAGCUCCCAGACAGAGGCGGGGUGACGCGCUGCGAACCGGGACACCGACCUGCAGUCAGCUCCCACCGACCUGCCGUCAGCUCCACCGACCGUCAGCUCAGCUCCCACCGACCGGCCGUCAGCUCCAUCUGCCUAGCGGCCUUAAGGACCAACCCACGGAGAACGGCGAUCCAGUGAGAUCGCCUCUACAGAUCGGGCAACCGGCGGCUGGAGCUGAAGCUACCAACGGAGCUUCAGUGGUGUUAAAAUGAGGCUAUUGGCGAAAUCCAGCAGGAUACUCAAACGCUCUCUGUCAGCGCCUGCCGUCGGAGAUGGCCCUCAAGGCCGCGUCCGAGCGUUGGCCACGGCUGCGCCAGAGAUGCCGCCCUGCGACUUUGUGCCUGAGCCGUACAAGGGUCCCGACCCGACGGUCAUCAGUCACGUGCGGCUGCACAACCUGAGCCCCUCACUGCUCAGCUACUACCGGCAGCCGGUGAUCAUCCACCAGGGGCACAUGCAGUGGCUGUUUGACCACACCGGGCGGCGCUACCUGGACAUGUUCGGUGGCAUCGUGACCGUCAGCAUCGGUCACUGUCACCCGAAGGUGACUGAGGCUGCACAUCGCCAGAUGUCCCGUCUGUGGCAUACGACCAACAUCUACCUGCACCCGCAGAUCCACGAAUACACGGAGCGACUGCUGGCCACUCUGCCCUCCCACCUGCAGGUAGUGCACCUGGUCAACAGUGGCUCGGAGGCUAAUGACCUGGCCGUGAUGCUGGCGCGCCUCAGCACUGGCAACUUUGACAUCGUCUCGCUGCGGAACUGCUACCACGGCAUGGGCCCCAACUGCAUGGCGCUGACGGCGCACAACACCUGGAAGUUCAACGUGCCGCACAUGUUCGGCGUGCAUCACGCGAUGAACCCGGACCCGUACCGCGGCCUGUGGGGCGGCAGCGCGUGCCGCGACUCUGCCGUCCAGACCACCCGCCACUGCGACUGUCAGCCGGGACAGUGUGACGCUGCCCAGAAGUACGCCGACCAGCUGGCAGAGACGCUGCGCUACUCGUGUCCAAAGGGCCGCGUGGCCGCACUCUUCGCCGAGAGCAUCCAGGGAGUUGGCGGCACCGUUCAGUUCCCUAAGGGCUACAUGAAGAAAGCAGAGGCCCUGAUCCGGGACCACGGCGGAAUCCUGGUCAUGGACGAGGUGCAGACGGGCUUUGGCCGUACCGGCGAGCACUUCUGGGGCUUCGAGGCCCACGGUGUCAAGCCCGACAUCGUCACCAUGGCCAAGGGCAUCGGCAACGGUUUCCCGCUAGCGGCCGUCGUCACCACAAAAGAGGUUUCGGCCAGGAUGUCUGAGGCGCUGCACUUCAACACAUACGGAGGAGGGCCCAUCUCAUCCGCCGUGGGAAUCGCCGUGCUGGAUGCUCUGGAGGAGGACGGCUGUCAGGAGGUGGCCCGCCGCACAGGCGCGCGCCUGCUCAGCGGCCUGGCCGCGCUGCGGGACAAGCACCGCUGCGUGGGGGACGUGCGUGGCAAGGGGCUGAUGCUGGGUGUGGAGCUGGUGGAGGACCGCGAGACUCGCGCGCCACUCGCCGCCGCCGCCGUAGCAGACGUCUGGGAGCACACCAAGGACUGCGGCCUGCUCAUCGGCAAGGGAGGACACUUCGGAAACGUGCUUCGCAUCAAGCCGCCGAUGUGCAUCACGGAGGCGGACGUCGACUUCACUGUGCAGGUUCUGGACGAGGCCUUCGCCAAGCACCUACCACAGUAGGACGCCUGUGAGCGGCGACUGAUGGCGGAACUACAACGGGCUGAUGAAAUGACGACCAACGGCCGGCGCUGAUGGAGUAACGAGCUUAAUGGGAGAUCCAUGUAUAUUUUGUGUCUCUGAAUUUCUAAAGAAAUCGCUUGCAAUCAUAUGUAGAAGAGUGCUGGGCUUGAGAUGGAUGUACGAUGUGAGUCUUGGAAGUACAUAGGCAUGUGUUGCAAAAUUUGUGUUUAAAAUAUUGUAUUGCGAGGUUAGCUAGUAAAUCGAGACUAAUUUCAGUCACAAUUAGAUAAAUAAAAGAAGCUGACCUUUUCUUCGACAUCAAAUAUGUAAAAAAACGAAUAAUAUAUUUUUACAUUUUUGGUGUUGAGGAAAAGCCAAAAGGUCAACUUCAUUUAUUUAUCUAAUUAUAUUCAAUAUGUUCCUCGCUCGAGCACUUAAUAAUAUUACUUAUUUCAGUUACAGUUGAACUCUCAUAGUCUGAUUUAUGUGUGUCCUGCAACAAGACCCCCAAAAAUCGACAAUCAUAAGCAAUGAAUGAAAUACUCGUAUGUUAUAAAAUGCCUAUUAGUAAAUGAGACUUUUGCAUAUCAUGGGAUUCCAUUAUGUUGUUGGAGUUGAAUAAGUGCAAUAUGUAUUCCUUAACCCUAUUCCUGGCGGGCUCCGCCGGGACAAGAAACUGGCGGGGGGGGGGGCGAUUCGGCCCCCCCCCUGAGAUCUCGAGAACGAAGCAAGAUAGCGACAAGCGGUAAACGGGAUCGGAUACGCACGGCCAAGAUCUACAAUUUUUACAAAGGUCAUUUUCAGGUCAGGUCAAAGAUGACGUCACAGGGGUCGAAAAAGUCAAAAUGGCGGCGCUAGAUAUGGAGAGAGUUUUUCUCGAAUAACUUUCGAAUUAGUCAAGAUAAGAACAAACUAAGGGCAUCAUCGUGAUCCUCUCGUCAAUCCGCAUCGAAUGAUAUAUAUGUUGACCUCGAAAGGUCAAGGUCAAAGGUUGACCUCAGGUCACGUGACCUCGAGGUCAUCAUGUAUAUCAUUCGAUGCGUCUUGACGAGCUGAACACAAUGAGACUAUCCACGCGUCUGUAUCUUGUUCCUGUACGGAGUUAUUGGCCAAAAACCUUUGGUGACCUUUGAUGACGUCACAUGACCUCACAGCUGCCCAACAGCAAAACAGACCUCAAGGUAGUGAAGGUUGAUCGUAUAUGAAGUCAUGUAUGGUAUAUGGGGCCAUUCCGACCCGUUUUAGUGGUAAAAACAGGGAGUUGAUUUUUCCCCCAUUGACUUAUAAUGGGGAGGUCGCGAAAUUGACCUGACCUUAGGUCACCGAUAUCAAAAUUCCGAGAUAUACAAAUUGCACAUACUGGUACCCUAACUAAACCCUGAAGAGAAGAAAUUGAUCGAUCAAAAACUCUAGCUCUGGCGUGAUUGCAAACUUUUCUGAGGUAGGGUCACCAAACCGCCUCUGGUGAACUGACCUGAGGUCAGAUCAACUCAAAAUUUUCAGACAUGUUGCGUAGAAGCCUUUUAGGAAAAGUCAGAAAAUUUGAGCUUCCUAGCUCAACGCGUUUGGGAGAAAUAACCAAAAAACCUCAGGGGGGGGGCUCCUGAGGCCCCCCCCCCCGCCAGGAAUAGGGUUAUAGGAUUAGUCAAUGGAAGUGCCAUCUAGUUUUCAUCCGUGGUUAUCGUCAAAGCUGACCCAACGCAACCUUGCAAAGCGUGUCGAUAUGCACUGUAAGUAUACUGCGACUUAUCCGUGGCUUAUCCGUGACAUUUCUACUGUGAGAGAUGUAAUCAGCGCACUGCAAAGCAUUGACGGGCUCAAAGAGCACCAUCAAUAUAUUUCGUUGAGAAAGUGUGCAUGGUAUGUAUUGAUUUUGGGAGCGAGUUUUCUCGGGUUCUGUUAUGCGCUCGGGUUGUAAUCGUGCAUUUAUUUUUGUUAGGGCGACGUUUUGAUAUACAAAAUCGCUGAAUAUUUUUGCUAUUGUGCUACUGAAUAAAAGUGUAAUAUAAC